CUCAAAUGGAAUGAUGUUGGAGAGGGUAAAAACCUUUCCUAGUCCACCCCCCAGAUCAUCGGCUAUGAGCUCCAAGGAAGAUUCAUGAUUCCCGCUACCACCCAAGAAGAACGCCAUUACCAAUGGUGAUAAGACACCCCACCAAAAGCUGGCGUCAAGAUUAUGCUAAUUAACUCCAAGUCCCAAGACUCUUGUUGCCUGGUGACAAAGUUGCACAGUGGAAGAGCGUCAGGACAAAAGGCAGAGCUUACCUUCUAGCAGUUUUAUGUGACUUCUUUCUCAAAGUCAUCACCAUCAACUCAGAAAAACCGUCUUCAAAUACACUCCCACACUAAGAGAUCAUGGCUAAGGGUGGGAAAGGCCCCAAGGGCAAAAAGAUCACCCUCAAUGUGGCCAAGAAUUGCAUCAAAAUCACCUUUGAUGGGAAAAAACGCCUUGAUCUGAGCAAGAUGGGAAUCACCACCUUCCCCAAGUGUAUCCUGCGUCUCAACGAGGUUGAUGAGCUCGACCUUAGCCGGAAUCUGAUCAGGAAGAUUCCUGACUCCAUCUCCAAGUUUCAGAACCUGCGAUGGCUAGACCUGCACAGCAACUACAUUGAUAAGCUCCCUGAGUCCAUAGGCCAGAUGACCUCUCUGCUCUUUCUCAACAUCAGUAACAACAGACUGACCACCAAUGGGCUGCCCGUGGAACUGAACCAGCUCAAGAACAUCCGCACCUUGAAUCUUGGCCUCAACCACCUGGACAGUGUGCCCACCACACUGGGGGCACUGAAGGAGCUCCAUGAGGUAGGGCUACAUGACAACCUGCUGAGUACCAUCCCUGGCAGUAUCGCCAAGCUCCCCAAGCUGAAGAAGCUCAACGUAAAGAGGAACCCCUUUCCAAAGUCAGAUGAGUCAGAAAUGUUCGUCGACUCCAUCAAAAGGCUGGAAAACCUCUAUCUGGUCGAUGAGAAGGAUCUGUGCACAACUUGCCUGCAAAAAUGCCAACAGGCCAGGGACAAGCUGAACAAGAUCAAGAGCAUGGCCCCCUCGACACCAAGAAAGGCCAUCUUUUCCAAUUUGGUUUCACCCAACUCAAUGGCCAAGGAUUCCCAGGAAGAUUGGAGGUUGAGCUCAGCAUCCAUCUCCUAGAGUAGCUUAUGGCAAAAACAUGAAGACCCAUCAACUAACAGAAAUAAACGACUCUGAAGAAGAAAAGCCCCAAAUUAGAAGACAGAGUGGCACAGGGAACAUUCUGGAAGACAGGCUCUCCGGUGCUGCCCACGUUACUGAAUUGCUCUAUCAAUUUUACUUUGUUUCCCUUGGUUCUAGGCUACCUGCUUCUGAAAAGGCCUUUGAAAGAUAUUUCAUGUGGUUUUCUGCAUGUAUGUAAAGAGAACAUUUAAGAAAAUUAUACAUAUACAUUAAAGACUCAAAAGUCUGCAUUAAGAAUGAAAAGUCU